AUGCCUAAUUCGAUAUUAACGCCCCAUGGAUCAUCCACUUCAUCCACUUCAUCCGGAUCCGAAAUUGAUUAUAUGCAAAAUAUCAAAGCAAUGUUGGAAAAAUCAUCAUCACAGAUAUCACAGGAUGGUAAUUCACAAUUGCAACGUCUCAUAAAUAAUAUCGAUAAUCCGGAAAAAACUAAACCGAUGAAAGCGGUAUCAUUGGGUGAGCUGAAUACCGUUGAUUUAUACUUCAUCAUUGUUGCUAUCCUGGAAAGGCGAAUAAUCACAUGUGAGGAGCAAAAUGAUAUCCUCAAACGAUCACUGAAAAAGGCAUUACGACGAAUUGCUGAAUUGGAAGUACAAAAGAGUCAAAAGAAGGAUUAA